AUGUUGAGAUUAAAUUAUGCUUCGUCUCAAGUAGCUGAAUUUACUCUCUCUUUUUUCUGCUAUAAUUUUCAUGACACUGUCUCCUUGGAAAAUCUUGUCAUGAGUCAAAUUCCCUCAAUACUAAGGAAGCAAGUUGUUGAUGAUCCGGAAUUUUUUUAUCAGCAGGAUAAGGACCUUUUAGGAAUGGAUACUGGAAGUAGUAGUCAAGUCAAUGAGAGUAAUAGAAAAGGGAGUAGACGUGUAUGGACCAAAGAGGAGGAGGAUGCACUUUUAGACAUCCUAGAGGAGCUGGUUGCAAAGGGCCAUCGUGCUAAUCGUACUUUCAGAGCUGGUACAUUGAUUGUAAUAGAAAAUUCCUUGCGAGUUUUGUGUCCAGGAUCAGGACUGAAAGCUAACCCACACAUCGAGUCAAAAAUUAAAAAGUUGAAGAAGCAAUUCACUAUAGUAUAUGACAUGGUCAACAAAACCGGGUUUGGGUGGAAUGAUGUGAGGAAAUGUGUGAAGGUUGACAGUGAAGAGACAUGGAAAGCAUAUCUUCAGCAUCACAAGGAAGCAUAUGGGUGGAGGGGCAAACAUUUUCCACUCUAUGAUAGACUUCGUAGAAUAUUUAAGGUGGACCACGCAAAUGUAAAAACAUCCCAAACUCCAGCUGAGAAAAUUGAAGUGAUAAACUGUGAUGAGGUUAAUGCAACUGAAUUUGGGAUAGAGGAAGACACUUGUCCAAGAUCAGUUGACCAAAACUCAACCACCAAGCAAACGGAUCAAUUGCAUUCCUCACAAGGAAAGAGGAGAAGGCAAGAUGAUUCUGGAGGUAGUAGUGAAAUCCAUGAGACAAAUAGAAAAGGCAGCAGACGUGUAUGGACCAAAGAGGAGGAGGAUGCACUUUUAGGGAUCCUAGAGGAUCUAGUUGCAAAGGGUUAUCGUGAAAAUGGUACUUUCAAAUCUGGUACAUUGACUCUAAUAGAAAAAGCUUUAUGCAAUUUAUGUCCAGCAUCAGAACUGAAAGCUAACCCACACGUUGAGUCAAAAAUGAAAAAAUUGAAGAAGCAAUACCGUCUAAUAUAUGACAUGAUCAACAGAAGUGGGUUUGGGUGGAAUGAUUUGAAGAAAUGUUUGGAGGUUGACAGUGAAGAAUCAUGGAAAUCUUAUGUGCAGGAUCACAAAGAGGCAGAUGGUUGGAGGGACAAAUAUUUUCCACUUUAUGAUAGACUUGUUGAUAUAUUUGGAGUUGGCCAUGCAACCGUAAAACCAUACCAAACUCCGGUUGAAAGAGUUGAGGUGACGAACUAUGAUGAGGAGAUUAACUGUGAUGACGAUAUUAACUGUGAAGGGGAGAUUAACUGUGAUGAGGAAUCAACUGACGUUGGAACAGAGGAAGACGCUUAUUCAAGGCCCAUUGACCAAAUCUCAACAAACAAACAAACAGAUCAGUCUUAUUCCUCACCACGAAAUCGAAGACAACGUGGAGGUUUAAGUGUUGCGUUAGACGAAGUUCCUGCAUCAUUCGUGGAAAUGAUAAAAGCUUCAAAUGAGCAAACGCGAGUCCUACGUGAAUCACUGCAACCCAAAGGUAACGAAGCAGGUGAGCUGUACCGUGAGGUUAAACCUAUGGGGCUUUCUGUUACAGAUCGAGUUAAAGCAUUAAGACUGCUUGUGGCUAAUCCUUUUUAUGCUGAACUCUUCCUUACCUUAGAUAAUGAAGAGAAAUUGGAAUUUGUUAAGCAACUCAUUGAUGAAUCAUCUAAGAAAUGA